AUGCGAACAUCGGAUCUCGCACAAUGUGACAAGUCCGACGGGAUCCGCUGCGACUACCCCCAGACAGACGUCUCGGAGCAAGGGCCCCAACCAGGUGCCUUUGGCGUCGAGAUAUGCAGAGGCGUUGCAGGGUCCAUACAUCGCUUCUGCGAGAUGCUGCGGAGCACAAUCUCGGAUAACACUCUUGCCUGUGGCUCUGACCUGCAUAUGCAGGGUCCAAAAUCCCUAGCACGAUAG